AUGGAGACUUUGGAGACGAUUAACCCCUUCACGCUAGCCCCGUGGGCGGAACGCGUGCAGACCGAUGGUGGUGAACAGCUUGAGGGCCCGGCCGAAGCGGGCGGGUGCAUGCAGGUCGCGGUUAGCAGUUCAGCACGGAACGAGCUGGUGGGUUUUGGAGUGGCCCUCGAGAAGCGACCACCUCGAAAUCGAAAGCUCAAACACAAAGCACUAUCCAUCACCUUGGCCGCAAGAGCAGAGCAGAAUCCAUUCUCUGCGGAACUGGCAGCCAUGGCACACGUAUUGAGCACGGUGCCAGGGCUGAAAGACUACAGGAUCACACUGCUCACAAGCAACAAAGCGGCGGUUCUCACACUCAGAAACCCUCGACAGCAAUCUGGCCAGGAAUUCGUCUGUCGGAUAUACAAGUUGAUUAAAAGGUUGCAGAGAAACCGAAACCAUGUUCAAUUCCGCUGGGUUUCUGCCAGUGAAGACAACAAGCUGCUAGGCCUGGCUAAAGUACAGGCUAGAGCCGCGACACAAGAAGACGCCCUCCUACAAGAAAGCGCCCCAAGGAUGAAAUCGACCACACUGAAUCUCGCACGCUCUCAAGCAGUCCCCAGAAAUACCCUGCCAGCGGACGUCGGAAAGCAUGCCAAACGAGUAGAUGCAGCACUCCCAGGAAAACACACGCGACUGCUGUAUGAUCGCUUGUCAUGGAAGGAAGCGACCGUGCUAGCCCAACUCCGGACGGGCAUGGCGAGACUGAAUGGAUACCUCUAUCGAAUCAACGCGGCCGCCACUGAUCAGUGUGCAUGCGGACAGGCCAAGGAAAAUGUGGAGCACUUCCUCUUUCGAUGUCGGAAGUGGACCGCACAUCGGACGGAGAUGCUACAAUGUACCGACACCCACCGAGGGAAUCUAUCCUUCUACCUGGGAGGGAAGUCGCCCUCCGACGAUCAAAAGUGGACGCCAAACUUAGAGGCAGUACGGGCCUCAAUACGAUUCGCCAUAGCCACAGGCCGCCUCGAGGCCACUUAA